AUUAUACUUAUCGCGUCCUCGCUAGAUUCCCUGAGAUGAGUCUGCAUUCGCGAUUUCUAAUUCAUUUGAGACUUCUCGAGGUUCAGCAUAAUCAUGGCUCCAAAGAUUCAGGUUGUUCAGGGCGCGGCACAAGUUCCUUGCAGAAUAGAAGAAGGACCAGGGGCAUAUACCGAUAUUGUGGGCUCAGCGGAAACUGCCGAAAAGCCGAUCGUUGCUGGUGUCUGGACUCUUGCCGACAUCGAAGAGGAAACACCGGCCUGGGAAACGGAAUGGGACGAAGUAAAGUAUAUCGUCGAAGGAGAAGCCGUAUUCAAGGACGAAUCUACUGGGGAAGAGUUUCUUGCUAAGACUGGGGAUUUUGUCUGGUUCCCCACGGGAGCAAAGACCGCUCUUGUGCGGUCAUCCAAUCUGAAGACCCUCUAUACUGAGCAACGUCACGCGAAUUGGGCUGAAGAUAGGAAUGAGGCCAUUGCUGAGACGGAUACGAGAUUGAAAGAGCUCAUUCAGUCAUUCAUUGAAUCCAACCCUGGAUCCGCCAAGGCAGCCAAAGAUGCUGCCUCCGUACUGCCAGGUGGCAAUACGAGAACUGUCCUUCACCAGACGCCUUUCCCCCUCGUUCUUCGAUCUGGGAGCGGAGUAUCAGUGACGUCUAUGGAUGGUGAUACGUACAUCGAUUUCGUGUCAGAGUAUUCUGCUUGCAUGUUUGGACAUUCGCACCCAAGAAUCCAUGAGGCCGUCCACGAAGCGCUGUCUAUUGGCAUGAACUUAGGUAGUGUGAUAGGCAAAGAGGCUGAAUUUGGAAGUCUUAUUCAGAAGCGAUUCCCUAGCAUGGAGCUUAUGCGAUUCGCCAAUUCGGGAACCGAGGCCAAUACACUCGCAUUGACGGGUGCUUUAGCAUUCACGGGACGAAAAGAGGUACUUGUUUUCAAACAUGGAUAUCACGGCAGUACCAUAAGUUUCCCGCUCGGAGCAGAUUCACCAACAAAUCUGCCCUAUCAAUUCGUGGUUGGAACUUUCAACGACAUCGAAGCAACGAGACCCCUCCUCCGUGCUGAGAUCGGAGCGAUUCUGGUUGAGCCCCUCCAAUCUUCAGGAGGUAUGGUGUUAGGAAACCCGGAGUUUUUGCAAUUCUUGCGCGACGCUGCCGACGUGCUUGGCGCCGUGUUGAUUUUCGACGAAGUGGUCACAUCGAGGCUUGACUAUCACGGGCUUCAGGGCUACUUCGGGAUCAAACCGGAUAUGACGACCCUUGGAAAAUAUAUUGGAGGUGGCUUCUCGUUCGGAUGCUUCGGUGGGAAGCGCGAAAUCAUGCAACAGUUUGAUCCUACGACGAAGGACUUCCUUGCCCAUUCUGGCACGUUCAAUAACAAUGUGUUCACUAUGGUUGCCGGUAUAGCAGGGUUGAAACUCACGACAGCCGACGAGAUUCACCGGAUCAAUAAUUUGGGCAACAAGCUUCGAAAGAAGAUCAAUGAAAUGGUGUUGGAAAAGGGAACGCUAGAGAUAAAGGCCAUUGGCUUUGGUAGUGCGAUCGGCUUCCAUUUUGUCUCUGAAAGAGGAGAGAUAGUACGAGACAUCUUUUACUUCGAAUUGCUCAAACGAGGCAUUCUUAUUGGCCGAAGAGGUUUUGCUAUGCUGAACUUGACGCAUACGGAGGCGCACAUUGAUCGUCUUGUUGAAGCAUUCUCAGAUAUCGUCAGCACCUUUACGUAGAUAUUGAUCGAAG